AGGUUGUUGUUGUAACUUGACCGCCACAGCAGCACUCAGCUAGCAUGACGGCUAAUUUGUCUCCCUUGUUAAUGUAGCAGCUUUAGACUUAUGUUUAGAUUUUUUGGUGAUGGAUUGACAAUUUAUAAUUAGAGCAAAGUGACCUAGCACACACUCCCUGAUCUGAAAACUGUCGUGACAAAAAUUUCUUUUUUAUUUCCUAUUUUUUACUAGAGCAUCACCUCUGGCUGUUGUAUAGAGUUGGUGUGAGAGUCAGAGAUGGACCCCUUAGGAGCUCGGUCCCAGUUUGUGGAUGUUCAGACCCUCCCCACGUGGCAGCAGCAGAUCGAUGAGAACGACCCGCAGUUUGUACAAGAUCACAGCGACAGCCUGGACAAUCAACAAGCCUUCCCCUCACCAUUCCCCUUCUCAUCCGAAAUCAACCACAAGAUUAUCCUCCAUGUUGGAGAUGUGGCCUUGUUAAACUGCACAGCCAUCGUGAACACGAGCAAUGAAUCUCUAAGUGAAAAGAACCCAGUGUCCGACAUGAUCCACCACUUGGCAGGACCAGAGCUUAGAGAGGAACUGUUCAAACUCAAAGGAUGCCGGACAGGAGAAGCCAAACUGACCAAAGGCUUUAACCUGGCAGCACGGUUCAUCAUUCACACAGUGGGGCCCAAGUACAAGGCCAAAUACAGGACAGCAGCUGAGAGUUCUCUCUACAGCUGCUAUAGGAACGUCAUGCAACUGGCUGCCGAGCAUUCUAUGGCAUCUGUCGGCUUUUGUGUGGUCAGUACAACCAAAAGAGGUUACCCACUGGAGGAUGCAACACACAUAGCUCUGAGGACAGUACGGAGGUUUCUGGAGAAUCACGGGAACAAUAUUGAGACUGUGGUAUUGGCAGUUUCAGAGUCUGAGGAGGUGGUGUAUAGAAAGCUGCUGCCCUUGUACUACCCUCGCUCUGAAGACGAGGAGAGGGUCUUUCUGCCCCUGAUUCCCGCUGACAUCGGCAACUCAGAGGGUGAACCUGUCGUACCCGAGAGGCAGAUCCGAAUCACAGAGAAACCAGGCACUUUAGAAGAGGACUCAGAGGAUGACGAGGAGAGCCUGGAGGUGGACUUGGGGCAGGUGGGGACUCAUGCGUUCGCUCGAAUGGAGGGGGAUGUUGACAAACAGAGAAAACUCAUCCUUCAGGGCCAGAUGUCUGAAGCAGCUGCACAGAAACAACACCAGAGGAACUACAAUCGUUGGUUGUGUCGAGCACGAGCAGAAGAUCUGUCAGACAUUGCUGCCCUAAAAGCCUUAUAUCAGACAGGUGUGGAUAUAAACGGUAGGACAGUCAUGGUCUUGGUUGGACGAAACAUCCCUGUGAAUCUCAUAGACAUUGAAAAGGCCUUAUUGUACUUCAUUCAUGUCAUGGACCACAUCACAGCCAAGGAGUAUGUGAUGGUAUACUUCCACACACUGACCGCCGAGCACAACCACCUGGACUCUGACUUUCUUAAGAACCUCUACGACAUAGUAGACGCCAAGUAUAAAAAAAAUCUAAAGGCCUUUUAUUUUGUGCAUCCAUCGUUUCGCUCCAAGGUUUCCACUUGGUUUUUCACCACAUUCAGUGUUUCGGGGAUCAAAGAGAAGGUGCGUUACCUUGACAACCUGCAGCAGCUCUUCCACUGCAUCAGACCUGAGCAGAUCGACAUCCCUCCUUUUGUCUUGGAGUACGAUGAGCGGGUGAAUGGGCGUUACAGCAGACCACAGUCCUCUGGCCUGUGACACAGUGGGACGUCCCACUGCAGUGGACCUGGGGACUCUGUGAGGGAUUCUCUUUGUGCUGAUGGGACAGAGGUAACACACAGCCUGUAUUUAGCAGUGUGUGGCUUCUCCACUGCAGAAGAUUUAAGGACCACAUGGUUUCUGCCUUACACCGAAAGCUCUUAUUCUCAGACAUGCCUAAACAUGAAAAUACAAUGUAGUGUUGCUCAAUACACUUUCUAUGGGACUCUCAGAGAGGAUUAAUAUGCUGGACAUAGAUGUGGGAACAUUACAGCUGUCUGAAACAAUCUGCAUCAUCCAAACAGGAAGAAGAGGACACACGGUGUUUUGAAAACUAAAGCGAUUCCUCUCUCUUGGUCACAUACAGCAGAUGAUAAACUUGUGCUGCUGUGGAGGGCCCAUGUUCUUCACCUGUAACUCUGAAACAGGACCUUGCAAAGAACAAACUGUGUACCAGACACAAUAGUACCACAUAUCAGAGGUUUUUGUAUUUGAUAACUGCAGUUUAAAAACACCAAAGUUACACUGUCAGCAAUACAACUCCAAAAAACACCGUGGAAACCAACCAUGUUUGAAGCAAGUGUGCAAAAUGUCCAUAGAGAUGCAUUUGAAAAGAAUAAUGGAUUAACCCAAUAAGAUGCUGUGUGUCACUACUGAUAAAUACAAUGAUGAGUUUAUAUUGUCAGAACACUUUUGAAUAAAGUUUAAAUUUAGUAUUUAGGGGGUCUACAUGUAUGUGUAUGGCAGAAUGUUCAUCACUUACCAUGGUGGCACAAUGCAUAUAUUAGUAAACUCAACCAAAAAGAAAACAUACAAAAUAGAUUCAAACAACACAUUUUCUGUAGCCUGUGAUCAAUACGAGCAUCCAUGGUCCUGUUCAGGUGUUUGAUUUUCAGCCAGAAGUUGAGAGUGACUAACUGAAAAACUAUUAGCUAAAACUGUGCUAGCUAGCUUGUGACUGUAAUGCUAUUUGAUAGGGACUUCAAAUAGCAUUAUAGCAAAUCAGCUCACCUGUUGUAGUUCCAACAAAGUCAGUUCUUUUUGGUCAGAUUAUGUUAAAAUAAAGAUCAGAUUAAAAUCUAACCUUUAGUUAGCAUUACAGGGAAUCAUCAGGGAAUAUUGAUUACAACAGCUGCAAAAUAUCAAUAGUUAAAAGGGGGCAUGUAGUGUCCCUUCCAUGUUUCUAUGGUCCAUCCUCACUGAAAAAUUCUGGAAAAGGUUUUGCUCAGAAGUGGAGGUUUCUGGAUGUUUCACACCUGAGUCUGGUUGAGAUCAAGCAAGGACGUCAGAGAGAGCAGAGCUCCGACAGGGUGUGGACUAAAACCUUUCACAUGGGAAAUCCUAAAUGAGAUGUGUCAUUUAUUUAUAACCUGUUUCAUUUGGUUCAUGUGGACAACAUUUAAUUUGACUCAGAUGCAGAUUUGGAAAAAGUAAAACAUUCCACCACAGGGACACUAAUCCAAGAGGUCUUCUUUCUUUGAAGUCAACUAAAUAUAAAUAUAUAAAUAUAUGUAUGUGAAAAUUGGCUCCACACUUUACAGCCUCUGUGUCAUAGGCAAAACGUGAGUCCUUGAUGUCAAAAUUGAAAUUUACAUGCUCCAAAUUGUGUCACCAGUAUUGUAUCUAUGAGUUAGUUUUGAAAUAUAAUGUGAAAUGUUCAAGGAUUGUUGUUCUUUUAAAGAAGAAAAUCACAGAAUAUAUUUAUAAGAAAUGCAGUUUUUUCAGUCCUUUCAAUACUGAUCUCUAUAUGCAAUCACUUUAAGUUUGUGCAUGAAUUUGGUCAUUCCAGUAUAUAGCUGUGGUUGGAAUAAUUACUGAACUGUGUUACUGUAGUUUCUCUUUGCUGGGGAGUAACAUGGAGGACUAUCAAAGCAAUCAUUGUUCAAAAGUGAAAUACAUUCCGAUUCACCACUGAAGGCAUCUCUGAAGAUCUGUUAUUUGACUUAAAACUAUCUCAACUCACUACCAAAAAAGGAUUUCUACUCAUUUAUUCCACAGAUUAAAUGAAUCCUCUUAGUUCAUUUUACACCGGUACUCACCUUGGUACUCACUAAAAACCAUUGAAUCCUAGUUGUGUUGUCUGAUUGUGAAUAUUUCUGAAUGUAAAUAUGAACUAUAAUGAGCCAAAUCUUGUUUAUUUGUAAUAUUAUUAUAUUGUUUAUAUUAAGUGCUGGAGAAAAGGAUAGACACAAUAAAUUGUUUUUAACACG